GCGGUGGCAAAACGGAGGCGAGUACGGCGGUAGCAACAGGCCGCCGCAGCCAGGAGCCGGUUGGCGAUCACCUCAGCCGGCGGGGACCAUGCCGAUCAGCGAGGACAUGAGCGGGCCCUACUCGGGCGGCUUCCACGGCCCGCCUCUGCCGCCGCCGUCGCCCGGGAUGAUGCCGAUGGUCUUCAACCAGAGCAGCUUCACCUACGACGAGCUCGCGGCGGCCACCAGCGGCUUCUCCCGGGACAACCUCCUCGGUCAGGGCGGCUUCGGCUACGUCUACAAGGGCGUGCUCCCCAACCGGAAGGAGGUGGCGGUGAAGCAGCUCAAGGCCGGCAGCGGCCAGGGUGAGCGCGAGUUCCAGGCGGAGGUCGAGAUCAUCAGCCGCGUCCACCACCGCCACUUGGUCUCUCUCGUCGGCUACUGCAUCGCCGGCCCCCAGCGCCUUCUAGUCUACGAGUUCGUCGCCAACAACACCCUCGAGCACCAUCUCCACGGCAAAGGUCUUCCGACGAUGGAGUGGCAGAACAGGCUGAAGAUCGCCAUUGGAUCCGCCAAGGGCCUCGCCUAUCUACACGAAGACUGUAAACUCCAACUCUCACCUCUUCUAAUAAAAUUCGAUUAGUAAAAAAUUAAAUAUUAUUAUGGCACAGGCCAUCCUCGAAUCAUCCAUCGCGACAUCAAGACCGCCAACAUCCUCCUCGACAAUAAGUUCGAAGCCAUGGUGGCCGAUUUUGGACUGGCGAAGCUCUCGUCGGACACCAACACCCAUGUUUCGACUCGAGUGAUGGGGACUUUCGGUUACUUAGCGCCGGAGUACGCGUCGAGUGGGAAGCUGACGGAAAAGUCCGACGUGUUCUCCUUCGGCGUCAUGCUCCUCGAGCUGGUCACGGGCCGAAGGCCGGUGGACAACUUCUCCGACAUGGACGAGAGCCUCGUGGAUUGGGCAAGGCCGGUUCUUGGGCGAGCGCUGGCCGACGGCAACUUCGACGAGCUCGCGGACCCCAGACUGGAGGACAAGUACAACGCCAACGAGAUGGCGCGCAUGGUCGCCUGCGCCGCCGCCAGCGUUCGACACUCUGCCAGAAGGCGUCCAAAAAUGAGCCAAAUUGUGCGAGCAUUGGAGGGAGACGUAUCGCUGGACGACUUGAACGAGGGGGUGAAGCCGGGGCAAAGCUCCAUGUUCAGUGGGUCGGGUUCGGACAUGGACUCCAAUUCGUACUCGACCAACAUAAGGCGGUUCAGGGAGAUCGCGCUCGGGGGCAAUGACGGCUACAGUAAUGACUACAACAGUACGGGCAUGACGAGCGAGUACGGCGCGAACCUCUCGGAGUCGAGCAGCUCGGGAGAAAUGGCUUACGGCGAAGGCCGGAGAAAGAAGCCUUCUCCGUACGGAGUGUGAGAAAUAGAUGGAAUCG